ACGAAGCCAGCCACUCAUAUUCUUCCCUCAUUCAAGCAAUGCUUCCUCCCCACGCGUUUAGUUCGUCUUCUCCUGUACCUGGCCCUAGUCAGGCAACUGCCACACCUUCUUUGUCUCGGCCUUCUUGGACAAGGCAGGAUGUGUUAGCUCUUGGUGGUGUUUGCCUAGCUAUGAUCACUGUGUUAGUCGCAUUAUUAGGUGUCUUGAUGUCCCCGCUCAGUCUACGCAAGUGGCUGCGCAGACCGUUUUAUUGGAUCACACGACGGCUGUGGCCCAAUACGGAAUACUUACCCCUGUCAUCGCCGUCGUCUUAUUCACCAAUGAUCAUCGAGAAUUGGAAAAAUACAGAUCCGAGAGCGGUACGCCAACUAUGGCAGGAACUUUACAAUGAGUCGCUGAGGGUGAGGCGUGGGGGAUUCUGAUGGCGAAUAAAAAGAACUGGAUACAAUACAAUAUAGUACGAUUUGGAUGGUUGCCUGGAUAGAGUAGGAGGCGAGACUUUGUGCGACGCAUAUUAUGGGUAUUUAUUUGGC